AUGCCCUUGGGCAAAGGUCUCACAGUAGGAGCCGCACUUGGUGUAAUUAAUACUAGCCGGUACCAGGCUGCGUGGUGCCUGGAAUAUUCAUCAGAAUCUUCACCACAUCGUGUUAUUCUCUCAUGGGUUGACUGGCAAGAUCAAGCUGCUCCCAAACUGAACCAUCAGGUCUUUGUUGCUCGCCUCACCCAGACCUCUUCCUCCCCUUCGAUGGCGUCAAGUCCUUCUGCGCUCUUGAAACUGGGGCAGCGUCUCACGGGCACUGUCAGUACAUACACCAUCACCAAGCAACUUGGCGAAUUCAUUUGGUUGGGAAGCAACAAGACUGGGGAAACGGUUGUGAUUAAAUCCGCGCGCCAUUUCCGCAUUGCCAACGAGAGGGAUGUCUUAAAGAGAUUCCAGUCCAGAACACCAUAUUUACGUCCAUUGAUUGACGAGAUAGUUGACCCGGCCGACCCGCCUGCUAUCGUGCUAAAACAUCUCGAGGAUGAGCUGCUCUCUUCCUCAAAUGCCAAGAGGAUGAGUGGGAAGGAGAUCAAAUAUGUAUCGAAGCGGAUUCUUGAGGCGUUGAAAGUGCUUCAUGAGGACGGCUAUGUGCACACAGAUAUCAAAAUGGACAAUGUUAUGGUGAACUAUGCUUCAGCUUCCCAGCGUGAAAGUGAGCAGCGAUUCACAGAUGUUCAACUUGCAGACCUCGAGAGCACUGUCCACGUAACAUCACGCUUCUGCAAGAAUCGCGACGGAAUUGGAACACCCAUCUGGCGGAGCCCAGAGGCGCAAUUAGGGAUUGAAUGGGGUCCGCCAACUGAUGUUUGGUCAUUUGGAACCAUGGUUAUAUCCAUGAUUUGGGGUGAGAAUUUCUUCAUCUUCAAGCCAAAGACGCCACGUGGCCAUGAAGAUUAUGAACUUGACAUUCUUGCCAAAUAUCACAUAUACUUUGGACCAUAUCCACCAUCUUACUGUGAUCUCGCCAAUAAAGAAACCUUGAUGGUACUGACAUAUGUGAUGGAUACUGUGCCGCCAGAGAAAAUAAAGCCUUUCUCGUUGGCUAGUCAACGAGAGAUUUCAACAGAGGACAAAGAAUUUAUCUUGAGGAUUAUGAAACUUGAUCCAAGAGACAGACCAACUGCAAAAGAGCUUCUCGAAGACAAGUGGUUCGAUGGAAUGUAA